AUGAGUAACACGUCUUUUGCCCGGCUCGGCACCGACUUCAUCAAUACUACCAUGUCAUUCUUCGAGGAAGACACCUUCACCUCCCUACCUUCGGACCAAAAAGACUUCAUCUUCCAGUAUUUAUUGGAACAAGUCGCGGAGAAGAGGCAAAAAGAGCGGGACCAUCAUGCGUUGCAGGUUCUCGUCGACAUGUAUUGUCUCAAGCAAGGGUAUGAAGUGGGUUACGGGCCGCGUUCUAAAUGGAUUGCAGAGAAUAAGAAGAGGCUUGCUGAGGAGAUUCAAGGGAUGGAAGAGGACGAGGUUGAGCCGUUUUUUGAGCGUUACAAGCCAGUUGACUGCGGUGAAUGCGAGGAUUGCGUUCAGGCUCGGGCACGAGAGUGUGAGGGUGAUGGAGGUCAAGAUUCAAACGUCGCCGAAAUGCCCAGUUAG